GUCAUUUGCUUUUAUCGUCCGAAUUUUUAUUAAAAGCAAAGCGUUCGUUCAGACAUUGCAUUCUAACAGUAAACCAAAAUAAUACAACAUGGACGUACUAAUGGCAGAUAGAGAUGAACUUGAUUUAAAGCUGAAAGAUGCACACAGUUCGUUGGACGAAUUGGAUAAUGAUGAUUUGUAUGUGCGCUUUAAGAAACUACAAAAAACAUUAGAGUUCAUAGAGGUGCAAGAGGAAUACAUAAAAGAUGAGCAACGCAAUCUAAAGAAAGAAUAUUUGCACGCACAAGAGGAGGUGAAACGCAUACAGUCGGUUCCUCUGGUAAUUGGACAAUUCCUAGAAGCUGUGGAUCAGAACACAGGCAUUGUGGGCUCAACAACUGGCUCAAACUACUAUGUACGCAUAUUAUCUACCAUUGAUCGGGAGCUGCUGAAGCCUUCAGCCUCGGUGGCGCUGCACAAGCACAGUAAUGCGCUGGUCGAUGUGCUGCCACCAGAAGCAGACAGCUCCAUAUCAAUGUUGCAGCCAGAUGAGAAGCCAGAUGUCAGCUAUGCGGACAUUGGUGGCAUGGAUAUGCAGAAGCAGGAAAUACGUGAAGCCGUCGAACUGCCACUCACCCACUUCGAGCUCUAUAAACAAAUUGGCAUUGAUCCCCCGCGUGGUGUGCUCAUGUACGGUCCACCUGGGUGUGGCAAAACCAUGCUGGCCAAAGCGGUUGCUCAUCACACUACUGCAUCGUUUAUACGCGUCGUUGGCUCUGAGUUUGUGCAAAAGUAUCUUGGGGAGGGACCACGCAUGGUACGCGAUGUGUUCCGCCUGGCCAAGGAGAAUGCGCCGGCGAUUAUAUUCAUUGAUGAAAUCGAUGCAAUAGCCACAAAGCGUUUUGAUGCACAGACUGGAGCCGAUCGUGAGGUGCAGCGCAUAUUGCUGGAGCUACUAAAUCAAAUGGAUGGCUUCGAUCAGACGACCAAUGUUAAGGUAAUAAUGGCUACUAAUCGUGCUGAUACCCUGGAUCCUGCACUGUUGCGUCCUGGUCGCUUGGAUCGUAAAAUCGAGUUCCCAUUGCCGGAUCGCCGACAGAAACGUUUGGUCUUCUCAACAAUUACAUCAAAGAUGAACCUUAGCGAGGAUGUUGAUCUGGAAGAGUUUGUAGCUCGUCCCGAUAAAAUUUCUGGUGCUGACAUUAAUGCCAUUUGCCAAGAGGCUGGCAUGCAUGCGGUCCGCGAAAAUCGUUAUAUUGUACUCGCCAAGGACUUCGAGAAGGGUUACAAGAACAACAUCAAGAAGGACGAACAGGAGCACGAAUUCUACAAAUAGACAAUGUUAAGCGUAUUUUUCAAUUUCACCUCAGAUCAGUUCGAUUGUAAAACUUUAUUCUGAAAUACAUAUAUACUUACAUAUAGAAUGCUAAAAUAU